GGCUCUCCCAGUCGCAUAGACAGAAUAGCCGUGUGAGAGCGAGUCGUGCCCAGACCAACUCUGUCUCUUUUUGUCCAUACGUCCGUAGCCGACAACCACUUCAACAAGAAUGAGGGUCUUUUUGCUGAUCGCUGCCUUGUUGCUAGCAACAGCUGUCUUGAUGACAGAAUCAAGCCGGCGGCGCUCUAGCGGCCGUAGGCGUUCUCGCGGCGGCCGUAGGCGUUCGUGGUACAGAAGGCGCGGUUAUGUAGCCGGAGAUGGGGACUUCGAGAAGAGGAGGGAGGAGAAGCUCCAAAAUGCUCGUGACAUGCUGGAGAACCUUAUGAAUGAUGUGGAGGAAGGAGCAUUCCUGGAUAUGGGAAAAGGACAAGACCAGGAGAUGGAAGGGGCUGAUGGAGACACUUUUGAGAAGAAAAUGGCUACCUACCAGGAGACUGAAGAUGAGCUGGAUGAGGAGAAUGAUGCAGUGGAGGAAGAUGCCGCCUUGGGUCUGAUGGAGGAGGAGCUGGAGGAACUGCAGGAGGAAGUGGAGGAAGUCAUCGGCAACCUUGGUGGGACCAACUAGACCCAGUUGAAGAGUCCCUGCCUGCAGGAAAAGUCCAACCCUUUUCGAAGAGGAUUCCCAGGACGUUAGACUAGUCAAUUUAAAGUAGAGGUGCCCUUUCGUUCAUAAUGAGGUGUAACAUUGGUUAUAGACAACAAUGGUUAAAAUACAGCCUAAAUGAUCGAGGAGUCUUAGAUUUUCACAUGGCUAUUACUCGAUGGUGUUUCUUAAUGACGCUUUAUGUCCAUCAGGAGUCGAUGAAGACCUUGACUUGAAUCGUUUCUCUUCUUUGCCUUUUCGUUCAUAUUGAGGUGUAACAUAAAUUAUAGACAACAAUGGUAAAAAUACAGCCUAAAUGACCGAGGAGUCUUAGAUUUUCACAUGGCUAUUUGUCGAUGGUGUUUCUUAAUGACGCUUUUCGUCCAUCGCGAGUCGAUGAAGACCUUGACUUCAAUGAAUCUCUUCUCUUCUUAAUGAUCGAUGUUUCGAAACAUGUAUCCUUAAUUUCUGUAUGCCUGAAGUGGUGGGGAAAAUAAAGGUAUAAGACAAAAUAA